CGGCGCUCGUCCCGGGCUCGCGGCGGAUCCCGCGUUCGACCCGGCUCCGCGGCGGCCUGGACAAUGGCACCUCAGAGGAGGGGCGCUCCCAAGGCGCCCGAGGGCAACCGGGCAGCUGACCGCCGGCGCCCGAGCAGCACCAAGAGUGUCCGGGCGCCUCGGGAUGUGUGGAAGAAGUGGCUGAGAGUUGCCGUCCUGGGGGCCUGCACCACGUUCGUUGCGCUCCUGCUCUGGGGCAGUCUGGGGGGUGAUGACAGCAUCACUGAGGUCCUAGCUCAUCGAAGUGAGGUCCUGCCAGGCAGGUUCAUUGAGGUGCCCUGCUCCGAGGACUAUGACAGUCACCGAAGGUUUGAAGGCUGCUCCCCGAGGAAGUGUGGCCGGGGCGUCAGCGAUGCCAUCAUCACCAGGGACGAAGCCCGGAGGAUUCGCAGCAUAGCUGAGAAGGGGCUGUCCCUGGGAGGAUCGGACGGAGGGGCGUCUAUCCUGGACCUGCACUCGGGGGCCUUGUCUGUCGGGAAGCACUUUGUGAACCUGUACAGAUACUUUGGGGAUAAAAUACAAACUAUCUUCUCAGAAGAGGACUUCCAGUUGUACCGGGACCUGCGGCAGAAGGUCCAGCUGGCAAUCGCCCAGGCAUUUGGCAUCAGCGCGUCCUUGUUGCACCUGACGAAGCCCACCUUCUUCUCCCGCAUCAACAGCACGGCGGCCUGCACGGCUCAUGACGAGUACUGGCACGCGCACGUGGACAAGGUGACCUACGGCUCCUUCGACUACACAUCGCUGCUGUACCUCUCCGACUACCUGGAUGACUUCGGUGGUGGGCGGUUUGUGUUCAUGGAGGAGGGGGCCAACAAGACGGUGGAGCCGAGAGCAGGUCGGGUGUCCUUCUUCACCUCGGGGUCUGAGAACCUGCACCGGGUGGAGAAGGUUCACUGGGGCACCCGCUACGCCAUCACCAUCGCCUUCACCUGCGACCCUGACCAUGGCAUCGCGGACCCAACAUUCACAUAGCCCCGGGAGGCCUGUCCAGCAGCCCUGCAGGGAAGCAGCCAUGCUGGCCACACACCCCUUCCCUCUCGCUCAGCCCAUUUCCACUGAACAAGGUGCCUUACGAAUCAUCCUGAAUUUUGAUUUGCUAACAUUUGAUCAUUUUUCAACUGUGAGUAAAUGGAGGGAACCAGUUUCCCCUCACAGGCAUCAGCGUUGGCUUUGCUAUGCUGAUGUGGGGCCCGGGAGCUGGCAGGGCCAACAUGCCCUCCUUUUCUCAGGAAGGGAUCCCGUGCCCGGGGUGGAAUCCCCGUUUGUCAGCAGACAGAGUGUCAUUACCCGGCCACUGGAGACUGACUUAAGUGUGGAUGAAGCUGAGUGGGGCCAGCAGCCUCCACUCGGGGAACCAGAAUCAGCAUUAUGGCACCUUGGAGAAGGUUCUGGGGGCAGGCGGCUCUGGGAACAGCAGCUGGAGGGCUGAUACUGCUGGAUUCUGGGUGGAGGCGAACAUCUGAUGUUCUGGCGACUCUGGGCAGAGCCCCCAACACUGCUGGCCACUGAGAGUCACCCUGGCACCAUGUUCAUGCCAGGCUGGGCUCUGCCCCAUCACCAGACAGGGUCCCUGACACAAGGUCCGAGGGUGUUCCCAGCGUGGCCAUCCGCAGCUCGCCUGGGGCCUUCUGCCAAGCUGAGGGUCCGUCUGCUCAGGUUCAGGUCUUAGCAACCCUCUUCUCGUCCUGGAGCUGUCCAUGCGUUUUACAUAAAAGUAACAGGGGAGCCAGGAAUAGUAAAUAAACUGGUCAUGGGGGAAGCCUGGGUAGCGCGGCCCCAAGAUAAGGGCAGCAUGUCCAUCAGUUGGCUUCUGCCAGGGUCGGGCAAGGUCCCAGGGCCGCCCCACAAAGCAACUGGCCUGGGGUUUGGGCAUCUUCUGGGAGAACAGCUGAUCACCCGCUGUGAGUGCAAAGGGAUCCCCAGAAAUGGCUCUGGGAGCAGGACUCUCCCGGCCACCCUGACCCAGGAGCCUCAACACUUUCCCCUUCGCCCACCCAGCAUGGACCUGUGGACACGGCCACCGCAGCCCCACAUGCUCCCCACACUCUGCAGUCACAGGGCUGCUUGGGCUCAUACAGAAAGGGGCAGCAUUCCUGGACCCUGGGAUGAGCCAUUUGCGUGGCACCUGAGGAGGCUCCAUGAGGGUCUGGAAGCCAGGACCCCUGGGUCCGCCCCUUGGUUUGCCGGGUGUCCCUUCUGCACCGUGGUGAUGAUAUGCGUGUCUCAGGGCUGUAGGGGCCGAGCUUCCACGUGCAGACAGUGGCUUGGGAUCUGCUCCCUUUUGGGUCAUGGUUGCAGUUUCCAGAAAGGCAGGGCCACCACCCACAUGAUGGCCUGGAUCGUGGUUCCUGUUUUUAAAGGACUUUGGGCAGAUCUGGGAAGGAUGAAGCCCACGCUCUGGGUGGCGGGCAGGGCUGACCUUAGGGUUGGCGAUGCUCUGGGGACACUGUCUCUAGGCUGGACCAGCCGGCCUCAGUCCUGUGCAGGAAAAGCUACCCCCUCCCAUCCAGGUUGUCCUCUGGCUUCUCCUGUCUUGGCUUUUCAAAGGUUUGUUGCUCUGGUCUCAGGUUGAGAUGCGAAUUCCGACAGGAAAGCCCCGUGCAGGCCUCACUUUGUUCCGUAACCUUCACGUUAUCUGAAUGACGCCUUACCCUCGGCGUGAGGAUGGGCAGACGUUCUCGGGUAUUCCACAGCCCACUUGGCCACUCACUACAUCUAAGGAGCGGGGGGGUCUGAUGGUUUAGUUGUGGUUAAAGUGCUUUGGAAAUAAGUAAGUUAUUGGUUUUAAUUGACAUUCUUUGCUACUUUUCCUGUUCAUAAUCAUCACAGAGGUACUUGGACAAAGAAAUAAAGAUAUUUGGGCAAAAGCAA